CAGGGCUGUCGGUUCCUUUUGAAGUGGGUGGAUACCCAAGCUGUGGGAACAUGCUGGAUCCACAGUGUUUUAGCAUUGUGCUGCACAGAAACAGGACAUCGCCAGGAGGGCAGAAAUCUGCUUAUUGUUAUGUUACUGGAGGAGUGACGUGUCAGCCACUAUGAGGCAACAGCACCUACUGGAAGGGCAAAAAGCAGUGGGGCUCCACACCUCUCUGGACUGACAGGUCUCCAUCAGAUUGACUUUACUGGCUCAGGGUCCAGCUGCAGCAAGGGAGUUGAUCUCCUGACUCCUGUUUGAUCAGCCCAGAAAUCGGUUCAAGAUCUCUGAUACUUCCUUGGAUUUCUACUAGUUCCCUAGUUGUUACGGGCAGGAGGUUGUUGAAAGUAUUGCAGCUACAUUGAAAGAUGAAAAUAAACUACAGUAAAAAGAACUAGAAAAAAUGUACUAAACUGCCUAGAAACAGUUACAAAGACACAUGUUUUGGAACAAGUUCUCUACUCCUAGGGGUUGUCUGCCUGUCUGAACAGUCCCUUUUUUUCUGUAUCAGCAUUUGUUUACUGAUGACUAAACUGCCAUAACAAAUUCAUGAUUGUAGCACUCAUUAAAAUUGUCAUCAGCGUAUUAUAGUAAAAUUUUUCUCUAGUAUUCUCAGCCAUGAGUCACAGUUUAGAAAAGAAAUACUAUGUGUCAUUGAGUUACCUCUAUGCAGCUGGUGCUUACUACAGUGGCUUUAUCCAAAUUCACAAGGACACAUGAAAAAGCAUUUGAACUGGUACUUUCUCCAGGGAAAACUAACACAAGGAGAUUGUUUUGUCAACGGUAAUAUAUAUUAGAUGUUCCUAUAGGGCAAAAAUGCUUGUAGUGUUAAUUACAGACACACACACACAAGAAAGACAUUCCUGUAGCAAGUAUCUGUUUGAAAUGCAGUUGAGGUAGAUACUGAGUCCACAGACUGAUCUGCCUCAAAGUGGUUUAAGUUGGUGAGGAUCAAAACCUUUACCACAGAAUUGUAACGUGCAUUGCAAGGGACCUCCAGACUCCUCCAGUCCAACUUCCUGUUCAAAACAGGUCUAAUUUAUUCAGGUUGCUCAGGGCCAUGUCCAUCUGGCUCUUAGACAACUCCAGGGAUAGACAUCCACAGCCCCUUUUCAGAAACUCUUUUUAAUACUCAACCACCCUCGUGGUAUUUUAAAAAAAAGGACCUGACAUCUAAUUGGAUUUUCACAGGUUCCAGCUUGUCAUAUCACUGAGCACCUCUGAGAAGAGUAUAGCUCCAUCUUACCUGUAUAUUCAAAUUACAUAGUUGUAACCAACGAUGAGGUCUCAGCUGCCUUUUCUCCAGGCUGAAGAGGCCCAGUUCCCUCAGCCGCCCCCAGUAAGUCACCUUUUGCAGCUCCCGACCAUCUCGGUUGCCCUCUACUGGUCUUGCUUCAGUAUGUCAUUAGCCUUCCUGUACCUACAACCCCCAAACUGGCUACAGUAUUGCAGAUUCAGUAUUACAAGUGCCAAAUAGAGCGGAAGGAUCACUCCCGGGACCUCUUGGCUACUCUCUGUUACUAAUGCAGCCCAGGAUGGUUGGCUGCCUUUGCUGCAAGGGCGCAGUGGGUGGCUCAUAUUCAACUUGUCCAGCAGGAUCUCUGGAUCCUCUGUUGUGGAGCUGAUUCCUAGACAGCCAUCCUCUACCUGUCAUCUUGCCUGGGGUUACUCUGUGCCAGAUGCAGGACUCCACACUUACCCUUGCUGGACUCUGUGAGAUUUUCAUCAGCUUGUUUCUCCUGCUUGAUGAGUCCCUCUGACUGACAGCCCUGCCUGCUGUUGUGGUGACUGCUUCCACCAGCUGGGCAUCAACCACAAACUCGGUGAGAGCAAGAGGUUUGUUUUUUGCAAUAAUUUCCCAUGAACAAUGUCCUAAUCUCUAUAAAGUCAAAGAUGUUUUUUGCUUAAGUCUUUUUGCUCAAGAAGGGCCGGGCGCCCGUGUGGGGCGCGGCGGAGCUGUUGGGCUCGCGCUCAGCCGUUGCCCCGGCGCAGGGACGCGCCAGGGAGGAUUGUUCCACUCGGUCACCCAGGUUAUGGGCCGGGGCCUGGGCCAGGUUGUGGGGCCAGGUAGGGUGGGGGUUGCGCUGUCUCGUCCUGGGGACGCGGGGCCGGGCGAGCCCCUCCGGCCCCCCGCCUCAGGGUACCCCCGCGGAGGCUGUGGGGCCCGGGGACCCCCACGCUGGCAGGCGGUGAGGGCGCAGCCGGCGAAGCGGGCCUGGCCCCCUGUAAUGCUCUGCCACGGAGCCUAUUUUCAGCUGUAGGAUGGAAAGUGACGGAGGCUGUUCUGCUGGAGGAGGUGGCGAUUCUGGCGUUGUCCGUGAGAAACACUUGUUUAAAUCCAAACUGCUGGAGUCCCUUGUUCAGCCGGCGUGUAGUCACCACCACUGCGCUUUCCCUUUGAAUCAAAAUGAGCUAUGCAUCUGGAAUACAGAGACUGCUCAGCCAUUAUGUUUGUCAGGACAUCAUUACUCAAUUUCUGCAGUGUCAUUUGGGAGUAAAACCAAUCCACUUCUUGUCUGCUCUGCUUCUUGUGAAUGUGUGAUAGUGUGGAAUCUUGAUGAAUGCACACAGAAGGUGCAAAAAGGGUUAACACCUCGAGGAAUUGUUAUAGGAACUCUUUUGGGCAUGGUGCUUCAUGUAAGGUUUAGUCCAGAUGAUCAACAAGUGGCAGUGUGUGCUGGAAAUCAGAUCUACAUAUUAAGUGCAAAGACUGAAACUAUACUAGCUGAAUUGCAUGGCCACCUGGCUCCAGUGACUGCUGCUGAGUUUUGCACAUGGGAGAAAAGCAUGCUUAUAUCAGUGUCAGAAGACAGAACCUUUAAGGUGUGGGACUAUUCUACCGGCCAGUUAAUAUAUCAGUCGGGAGUAUUAACAGCAUUUCCUUUGCUAAGUCUGCUAAUUGAUGAGGAAAAUAAACAGAUUAUCACUGGAUGUGCUGAGGGACAGCUUUGGAUCUUCAGUUUAAUCAGUGAUCAUAAUUAUCGUUGUGUAACACAUAUCAACUUAAAGAAAGAACAAGAGAAAUUCUGCAAUAAAGUGCGGAAAUCUGGAAAAGAAAUAGGUGAAGGGCAAAAUACUUCCAAGCUUUGCAAAACAAACAACAUCAGACCAGAAGGAUCAGUGGAAAUGUCAUUGCCUAUCCUCUUAAUUGAACACUGUGAAUUUUCAGUAUGUUUCCAUAAUAGAGAAAACAUAUAUUCUGCCCUGAAUACUAGCUAUCUUUGGAUAGGAAGCACUACUGGUUUGUUAAUAAUUAAUUUGGCAAACUUUGAAUUAGAAGCUUUUUUAUCUUACAAAGAUUACAGUGACCUCAGCAUUCGAUUUGCCAGAUCAUGUGCUUUAACAAGGAAGGCAGUUAACGGAAAGGUUUUAUGCUUGAUCACCUCCAUGUUUGAGGAUAUGAUUGCUGUGUUGGAAGUUAACCUUGCUGCAUUGGUGAGAAGUCAGCAGAGUGAUUUUCUCCUGUGUGGAAACAAGAAUAGUCUAUCAGUUAUUGCCAGGUGUUCUUUACUGACAAAUUCUCCAUUGUGUAAAGAUUUAAAGAAAAACAUGAAAGAACCUUCUAGUAAAACACUUGGAGUAAAAAGCAUGGUGAAAGAUCAACCACUGGUUUUCCAUAAUAAAAUUAAAUCAUCAGGUUAUACAGCUGCACCACUAAUGACCAUGUUUUCUCUAAAUAAUAACCAGAAGAAAAAAGAGGUAUCAAAGUGGAAGACCAGUUGUAAAUGUAAAAAUAAAGAAUAUCCGUUGGAAAGUUAUCCUCCAAUCAAAUAUGAGAAGGAGAUAUCUGUUACUUUUAAACCAACCCCAAUUUGUUGCAUUCAGCAUUCUGGGGAUGGAGAAAUGCUGGCUUGUGGCCUGGCCGACAAAACUGUACUGAUAUUCAAUUCCAAUCUCACUGAUACAUGUAAUGUCUUUUCAGGUCAUGAUGGUGCACUUAACUCUGUUGGAUGGAGUCAUGACAAGCAGUGGUUAGUUUCUGCAUCAGAAGACAGAACUUUAAGGGUCUGGUCAGUCUGCAAUAAUGAACCUGCCCUGAUUCUGGGAAAAGAAAAGUUCUGUAAGGCUGUGCGCUUUGCACAGUUUUACUUUAUAGAUGCAUUUAUAUUGCUGUGUUGUGGAGCUGAAUUUCAUCUGUUAAGUUUCCAUGUAGACACAACCAGGGAUGACCUCAAUCGAUACAAACCAAGAAGUGUUUGCAAAUUGGUACAGAAAUUUACCAUGGCUUCAACAAUGGAGAUUACCAGCCUUUCAGCAGUAAAUGAUUUCUACUCUUAUAUUGUACUUACAGCUGGCAGCAACCGAGCAUUGGAAAUUUUUGACCUCAAUGCAGGCUGCAGCACAGCAGUGAUACCAGAAGUUCAUACUAGAUCAGUCCAUCAGAUCUGCCAAAAUAAGGGGUCAUCCUUCAGCACUCAGCAACCUGAAGCUUACAAUCUUUUCGUGACCACAGCUGCAGGUGAUGGCAUCAAACUGUGGGAUUUAAGAACCCUGAGGUGUGAACGUCAUUUUGAAGGGCACAGUAGCCGCUGCUAUCCAUGUGGAAUUGCAGUAUCACCUUGUGGACGGUUUAUAGCCAGUGGAUCAGAUGACAAAUGUGCUUACAUAUAUCAAAUGCGUUCAAGCAGUUUUUCACAUAAACUGCGGGGACACACAGAUUCUGUCAUCAAUGUGACUUUUAGUCCCUCAUCUCCACAGCUCACCACAGCCACCUUGGAUGGCAAACUCCAAUUGUUUCUACCCUGAUAUUUGCCAGCCUGUGGAGCUUUGGCCCUGGUGCUCAGAGAAUAACGACUUGCUGAGAGAAAAGAGACUGGUAACUGGCCAUAGCAAGCAGCAUAAUAUUCCCUUUUAAACUCAUUUUUCUUCUGACUUUGUUUUCUGCAAGUUCUUCAAGAUGUUCUCAAAGUUUUUCUAUUGUAAAAUCUGUUAUCUUUAUUGCAAAAAUAAGGGUAAAAGAUCAAGAAAAGAAAGACUACUCAUUCUGACUUCAUUUGAUCAAAUCACCACAGAAGUGGCUUUCAGAGGACUUCUUGGGUGCUUAUAUUUAUGUGUAUUCUGUAGUGCUUUGCUAGACUGGGACCACUUUAGAUUGAAAAAGCAGUUAAAAUAACAACUGUUCCCUUAUUAAAGCUACGACUGCCUGUGAACAAAUAUUUAAAUUAAUCUGAAAGAGAGAAGAAUUGUAUGUCUUUCUGAAAUGCCAACAGUGUCCUUCUGUUAUACUCCUUUGGGGUUACUGUAAUCAGCAUGGAUGUUGUUUGAAGGCAGAAUUUUACUGGUUUACCCAUUAUACUACAUUCUGUGAGUUUCUUAGAGAAUAUGUGAGAAAGAUCUUAUCUUUAAAAUGUUACCUUGUUGCUACAGUCUGGUUUAUUAAAACAGCUUUAAAUGCAAAGAAUCUAUUUCUGACACUUAAUACC